AGAAAAUACAUUUCAUAUGUUUUUUUCCCUCUUCGGCUUCAAUUUGUUCCUUUUCGUUUAAAUCUUGUAAUUUGAUUCUACAAAAACAAAGUGCAAAGAACCAAAUUUCUUCCCCUCCCCCCAUCUUGAUUGCUAGAAAGGGUUCUUCAGCUAUUUUCAGUUCUUUUCUUCCAAAAAUGUCACCAUUUUAGCCAUUACAGCUGCUGCUUUGAUUUCUUCUCUUUAUCUCUUGCCUUGUUCUUCAGCCCUCUGGCAUUAGCAAACAUGUCUGCUAAAUCCAAAUCUGGUUUAUCCGAGACUCAUAGCAAGGCUUCACCAGCAACACCUAGAGUGGCAAGUAAAUUAAGCAAGGGACUGAGUAAAUCGGAACCUGAUUCAUCCUCUCCCUUGCAAAGCACUCGCCAUUCGAUUGAUCGACCCUUGCGAUCAUCGCUUAAUACGAAGUCACCAUCUCUUAAUUUGAAGCCUUCGAUUGAUCGUAAAUCCGCAAAGGCCGCCGCUCCAGCUGAAAAACCUCAAACUCGGGUCAGUAAGGGAUCUGAAUUGCAGGCUCAGUUGAACUCGGUUCUGGAGGAUUUGAAGAAAGCAAAGGAGGAAAUAGCAUUGAUUGAGAAGGAGAAGUCGCAAGCGAUUGAUGAACUGAAAGAAGCACAGAAAGCUGCGGAAGAAGCAAAUGAAAAGCUUAGAGAGGCUGUUGUGGCGCAAAAGCGAGCCGAAGAGAGCUCUGAGAUCGAGAAAUUUCGGGCUCUUGAGUUGGAGCAGGCGGGGAUUGAAGCUGCUCGAAAGAAAGGCGCAGAAUGGGAGAAAGAGAUCGAGUCCAUGAAGAAUCAGCAUACUUUGGAUGUGGCUGCGCUUCUUUCGGCCUCUGAGGAGCUUCAAAAGGUGAAGCAGGAACUCUCUGCAAUUUGUGAUGAAAAGAAUCAAGCUCUGAGUCAUGCCGAUGAUGCAACCAAGAUUGCUGAAACCCAUGCCGAGAAGGUGGAGAUUCUUUCAGCAGAAUUGGUUCAAUUGAAGUCCUUGCUUGAUUUGAAGCAUGAAACCGAGGCUAUUGAAAACAACGAAAUGAUUUUGAAUCUUAAGGCCGAGAUAGAGUCGUUGAAACAACAACUCGAGAAUGCAAAGAUCUACAAGGAGAAGUUGAUGGAAAAGGAGGCUGUCGUUGAACAACUUAACCUUGAGUUAGAAGCUGCAACAAUGGCCGAAUCGUAUGCGCACAAUGUAUUAGAGGAAUGCAAAAAACGGGUUGAAGAAUUAGAAAUGCAUAUUGAGGAAGCAAAGAAGUUGGAACGAUCGGCGUCAGAAUCACUGGAAUCAGUUAUGAAGCAAUUAGAGAAUAACAAUGACUCAUUGCAUGAUGCUGAAUCUGAAAUUGCAGCUCUUAAAGAGAAGGUCAGUUUAUUGGAAAUGACAGUCGGCAGACAAAGAGGGGAUCUCGAGGAAUCGGAAAUUCGCAUUAUUAAGGCUAAGGAAGAAAGUGCAGAAGCAGAGAAAUUGGUCGAGUCUCUGAAGUCCGAGUUAGAAACAAUGAAGGAAGAAAAUAUUCAAGCUUUAGAUAAUGAGAAGCUCGCGGCUUCCAGUGUUCAAGCACUUUUAGAAGAGAAAAACAAACUCAUCACUGAUCUGGAAAAUUCUCGGGAUGAGGAAGAAAAGAGCAAAAAAGCAAUGGAAAACUUAGCUUCGGCGUUACAUGAAGUUUCCGCAGAAGCUAGGGAGGCUAAGGAGAAGCUGUUGUCGAUUGAGGCUGAGCAUGGGCAUUAUGAAACACAGUUAGAGGAUCUAAGAUUGGUCCUAAAAGCGAAAAAUGAGAAGUACGAAACCAUGCUUGAUGAUGCAAAGAAUGAGAUUGAUUUUCUUACAAAUACCAUUGAACAGUCUAAGAAUGAAUACCAAAAUUCAAAAACUGAGUGGGAACAAAAAGAACUGCAUUUGGUAGAUUGUGUUAAAAAAUCGGAAGAAGAAAAUUCAUCUCUUGAAAAAGAAAUCAAUAGAAUGGUAAAUUUGCUGAAAAAAUCCGAGGAAGAAGCUUCAGCAUCGAAGGAGGAAGAAGCUCAGUUGAAGGAGAGCCUAAAGGAAGUUGAAUCCGAGUUGAUUUAUUUGCAAGAAGCUCUCAAAGAUGUCAAAACCGAGAGCAUGGAACUGAAGGAGAGUUUGUUAGACAAAGAAACGGAACUGCAGAGUGUCGUUCAAGAAAACGAGGAGCUCCGAGGUAGGGAAGCUGCUUCUCUUAAGAAAAUCGUGGAAUUGUCGAAGUUGUUAGAAGAAGCUACAAUCAAAAAGCAAAAUGAGAAAAAUGGUGAAUUAUCUGACAGCGAGAACGACUAUGAUUUGCUGCCCAAGGUGGUUGAAUUCUCGGAAGUGAACGGACAUGGAAUUGAUGAGAAGCACAAGUUAGAGCUUCCAGCAGAACAGCCCGAAAAGCCGGAAAAGGAAUCCCUGGAACUAAAUGAUGGCUCAAAAGAUGAGGAUCUUCAUGUGGAUGGUGCCAAAGUGGAGAGCUCGAACGGAAAACUGAACCACGAUGAGACGAAAGGCAAAGAGGAUGAUUCAGUUGAAGUUGAAUUCAAAAUGUGGGAGAGCUGCAAAAUUGAAACAAAAGAAUUUUCUCCGGGAAGAGAACCCGAGCAAGAAUCCUUUGACGAGGAAGUGGAGUCAAAGGUGGAGAGCAUCGAAGCCGAAAGACUUGAUCAAAUAAAUGGUUCUACGGAAAAUACCGAUGAUGGUGGAAUCUCACCAUCAAAGCAGCAGCAACAACAGAAAAAGAAGAAUCCUUUACUCCGAAAAUUCGGGAGCCUGCUGAAGAAGAAGGGAAGUAACAACCCCAAGUAGAUAACACAACCCAAAAUCUGAAAUGUCACGUCUUUAGCCCUAUUGGCAGGCUGAAUGUGUUUUGCUUCAUUUGUUUUGUGUGUUCUGGAAUAGGACUGAAAAUUGAAGAGGCUUGUAUUCAUGUUUAGUUUCUUAAUUUUUUUUUUUUGUUUUCUUAAAGAA